UGCCUGGAGUAGACACAAAACAGAAACUAUGUCGGACGAGUUUUUCUCAAAAGGAAUAGGUCAACUCGGGACAGUAAUGCCAACAGAAUCAGCAGCAGAAUCAGCUGGAGUUAACACCCCUCAUUCUUCAAUGGGCGAUAAUCGUGACAUUUCGGAUCUUAAACCGGAAACGGGAACAGAAACUGGGUCCAGCUCCAAGAGUAAGGACAUAGAUGCCUCUAUAGAUGGCUCACUAUACGAUUGCAACAUUUGCCUGGAUACAGCUCAAAAUGCAGUGGUCAGCAUGUGUGGUCAUUUGUUUUGCUGGCCAUGUCUGCAUCGGUGGCUGAUUACUCGGCCCAAUCCAAAACUGUGUCCCGUUUGUAAAUCUUCCGUGGAUAGGGAUAAAGUCAUUCCAGUGUACGGACGAAAUAAUACACGUCAAGAGGAUCCAAGGGAUAUAACACCACCGCGUCCCACUGGACAUCGCACAGAACCGGAUGCGGAUGUGCAUCCUAUCUUUCGACUUCAUCGUGGCUUUCACAUGACCUUUGGAAUCGGAGCUCCCUUUGGUUUCAUAUCAUCAACUCUGAACUUGGGUGAGCCCAGAAAUGUUGUUCCUAAUCGCAACAUAGCUCAGUUCCAGAACGAAGAAACCAUGUCGAAGUUCUUUCUCUAUAUGGCUUUUGUGUUUAUUGGCUGGCUACUUUUUACUUAGCAAGUUCUUAACUAAACAAUAUAAUCAAAAUCAUUCUCCAAAUGAAGUGGUAAAAUUAAUCAGAAGAUGGUUACAUUUCAAAUUACGUUCAGUGGAGUUUUGAUAAUUUAGAGAAUUAACUUUUGAAAGAUACUCAUUAAUGUAAUCAAACUAAUAAAUGUGAAGCUAAAUCGA